AGAUAGUAUAAACCCGCUUUUAUGGUUUUGACACAAUGUUCGUUUGAACUUUGAACUCUCCACUUUUGCACAAAUACCCUUACCCUAUUCCGAAAUUACUACUCCGUACUUUUUUUCUAUCCUCUAAUAAAAGGUCACUCCGUCGAGCUCUACCGGCGAAUUCCUGCUCACAUGGCCGCCGCCGCCGCCGCCGCCGCCGCUGCUCCCGGGUUCGGCGCGCGCAGCCUCAACGCGCGGUCUCCAUUUCUGCUCGCGCUCAGGUGCUCUGCCUCCUCUGCUUGCCCCUCUCCUUCUCCCUCCCGCGAUAGCGACCCCUUCGAAACCCCUCCCCCGCCCAAUUCCUCUUCUUCUUCUACUGCUGCUGCUACGACUAUGGCUACUUCCCCUCCCCGACCCUUCUUCCCCAAGCGCGGCCAAACCCUAGAGCUUGUGUGCGAGUCCCUCGCCUUCAAGGGCAAGGGCGUGUGCAGGGCCGCCGACACCGGCUUCGUCCUCAUGUGCGACCGCGCCCUCCCCGGCGAGCGCUUCCUCGGCCGCGUCUCCCGCAAGAAGCCCACCUAUGCCGAGGUGACUAAGCUUAAAACGCUCACGCCGCAUAGAGACUUUGUCGAGGCGCCGUGCGAGUACGCUUCGCAUUGCGGUGGAUGCAAGACUCAGAAUCUUCUCUACGAAGCGCAGAUUAGAGCGAAGGAGCAGCAGGUUCGCGACCUGAUAGUGCACGUCGGGAGGUUUGAUGAUAGGGAUCCCGAUUUUGCCGGUGUAUUGAAGCCCAUUGUGCCGUGCGAUGUUCAGUUUCACUACAGGAACAAGAUGGAAUUCUCAUUUGGAGCUCAGAGAUGGGUGCCGCGAGAUGAGUCGAUGGUUGGGAAGGAUAAAACUGACAGUGGUUUUGCAUUGGGACUGCAUGCACCAGGAUUCUUCGAUAAGGUCCUCCAUGUUGAGAAAUGCUUGUUGCAGAGCGAAGCCGCUAACAAGGUUCUUGCAGUUAUUCAAGAUAGUUGGAUGGAUCCAUCUCUCGGCUUUUCGCCUUAUAAUGUCCACACUCAUCGGGGGUUUCUCAAACAUCUUAUGCUAAGAAUGGGAAGACAUCUCAAUACUGGACUUCCUGAAUUGAUGGUUAACUUUGUGACAGCAUCCUAUAAACCUGAGCUAUUGGAGCCUCUCGUCAGCAAGAUCUCAGCAAUACCUGAAGUGGUUAGCAUCUUGAAUAAUGUGAAUACAUCCGUGGGCAACACGUCUGUAGGGGAGGAAGAGUACACUCUAUAUGGAAAGUCAACUAUCACGGAGAUGCUAAGAGGACUUACAUUCCAGAUAUCAGCCAACUCUUUCUUCCAGACUAAUUCUAAACAGGCAGAGGUCCUUUAUAAGCUUAUUGAGGAUUGUGCUGGGCUUAAAGGAGAUGGCUCAGAGAUUGUUCUCGAUCUGUUUUGUGGAACUGGGACCAUUGGUUUGACCCUUGCGCGAAAGGUAAGGCAUGUUUACGGUUACGAAGUGGUGGCUGAAGCUAUCUCAGAUGCUCAAAGAAAUGCUGAGCUAAAUGGCAUACAUAAUGCCACAUUUGUUCAAGGAGAUCUUAAUAAAAUUAAUGACACUUUUGGGAAUGAUUUUCCAAAACCUGACAUCGUCAUUUCAGAUCCUAAUCGGCCAGGAAUGCACAUGAAGCUAAUCAAAUAUCUAUUGAAAACUCAAGCUCCUCGCAUUGUCUACGUGUCCUGUAAUCCAGCUACCUGCGCACGUGAUAUUGAUUAUCUUUGCCAUGGUGUGGAUGAACGAGGUAUAAAAGGACGCUACCUGUUAAAAAGAGUAAUACCUGUAGACAUGUUUCCUCACACACCUCAUAUUGAGUGUGUCUGCUUAUUGGAGCUCUGCUGAUUUUUGGAUUUUUGGCUCUCACUAUUUACUAAACGAAGGCACAAGCUUUUAAACGUAAUGGAGAACUUCACCAAAUCGACCACGGUUAUAAGAGGAGAUAUGUGGUUGUAUUCAAAGUUCUCUCUUGGGGUGGUCUCCACGCCUAUUUUGCCUAAUAGAUGAACUGGAGCAGGAGAUACUUCUAGAGUUCCUCUAUCGCAGGUGUCAAUUGAGCAGAUUCUAAUCUUAUAUUCUUUUCCCUUUCUAUUAAAUGCUUGCAGGACACAUUCACUUUAUAUAAAACAGUUGAAUGGUCUCUUAUCUUCUCUUUUAUUAAAUGGCUGACAACCGACCCUUCAACUAUAAACUACUUUUUAUGUCAGAUUACCGCAAGUUUAUUAAUUAGUUUUCAAAAUCUUUAA